ACCAUUGCUCCCGGUUCAUUGGCAAAACCAGCUUCGGACGGAAUCUAAACUUCUAAACCCUAAACCCAGAUCCCUUCGUCGUCUUAUUCUCCUGUCUCACACAGAUACGCACUGAAGCACAGAGUCAUCCAUGGACGAGAUGCUCUCUUCAGUUAAAAAGGAAGUGCUCGUGGAGAUGGUAAAGUUGGCUCAAAAGCGAGGAAUGAAGGGUAGCAAAGGUGGGUGGAAGGAGUUUUUGAAUUUUUAUGACAAGAAAAUUGGAGCCAGCUUGAGCGACCCUUCUAGGAGGCCCCUUGAUACUUUGCUUGCCUUCUUAAAAACCUUUACCCAAGACGAUGAUUUGAAGUUCUUUGAGAAGCUGCUGGAGUGCCAUUCUAACCGGGACGCAGUUUACCAAUUCCAGAAAACUUCUCCUGAUGCUGAAUCCCCUGAACAGAGGCUGGUUCGUUUAACUCUUGAACACCCCCAGUAUCCAAUUGAUUAUUCAUUCCCGUCACAUGAGGAGGGCUGGCUGGUUAUGAAGCGCACUAAAAAGUCCAAGACCAUGACAUCUACUGCUAUGGUUGCUGUUGAUUGUGAGAUGGUUCUUUGCGAAAAUGAAACUGAAGCUUUGGUGAGGGUCUGUGUUGUUGACCGCAAUUUGCAGGUUAAACUAAAUGAGUUUGUAAAGCCCAGUAAGGCAGUGGUAGAUUACAGAACCGAGAUCACUGGGAUUGCUGCCAAAGAUUUGGAUGGAGCUACUUGUUCAUUGUCUGAUAUACAGAAAUCCAUGAAGAAGCUCCUAUCACAUGGAACUAUCUUAGUUGGUCACAGUUUGAAUAAUGAUCUUCGAGCACUGAAGUUGGAUCAUGCAAGAGUAAUUGACACAUCCUAUAUCUUCAAGCAUGGGGAUGGCCCUUCAAGCAGGAGACUUUCCUUAAGUAACUUGUGUAAGUCUAUAUUAGGUUAUGAGCUUCGGAAGGGGCAGAAUCCUCACAAUUGCCUAGAUGAUGCAUGUGCCGCAAUGAAACUCGUUUUGGCCAAUAUUGAACGAGGAGUAGGGAAUGUAAUUCCAUUGGUUCAUGAGGAUGCACAAGAGGCGGAUUUGGCAAAACUACUAGUUCAUAGAAUUCCAGUGAAUGUUCACAGUGAAGAUCUGCAUGAAGUUAUUCCAGGAGACUUUACAAUUGAAAUGAAGGCUAAUAAAAAGGCCAAAGGAUCGAAAUAUUCGGUCUUUGCAAUUUUCAAAAAUCAGCAAGAGGCAAACGAAGCAUUUGAUUGCAUUGAUGGCUACUUGGAUAAGGACACCUCCGGACGAUCACAGAAGUCAAUAUCUUUUCAUCUCAAUAGAGGAAUUGUUGGUAGUUUUUGUGUCCGCAAAAUGGCUAAAGAUUCUCCUGGUGUCAUUACAUCAAAGAAAAGAUCAUUCGAACCUGAGGAGGCCUUAACUGAGUCAAAGAAGUUGCAUACUGAUCAGGAGUGCAGAAUAGUUGAGGAGUCUAGGGCAUGCACAGAGCAGUGUCAGAGUCGUUUGGAGGAGAUUGAAAGAUUGAAGCAAGAAUUAAGCCAAAGAGAUCGUGAAAUAUCCAGCUUGAACAAGAUCAUUGUUGCUCUUACAAGGAAGCAAGGACUUUAAUCUGCCAUGUAGCGGUUUUCUGAUUGGCUGAUGUGGCAAUAAUACAGGAACAGCAUUACGUGCUUCAUGAAGCUGAGAGAUUACUCAAGAAGAAACUCAGUAGUAUGCGAGAAACUCAUGGCUUAAAGAAGAGUUCUUAUGGUGUUUGGCUUGAGAAAAGCUAGAUGCUGCACUUGCUGCUAGAGGAAAAUUAGUUGCCUAAUGUCCAUGGGUCCUUAUGCUUACAGUACGAACUAUAGAUUUCUUACUGACGUGCGAAGCUCUUGUUUGAUGCGAUUAUCAUUUAUUGCAGACUUUCACGUUUCCGCUGGUUUGCGCCCUUGGUAGAAACAGUUCAUGUAUUUCACGAGGUGGGCGUUGCUACUUUUUACAAUUUAUAGUUCGACCUUUCUUUUUCAUUUUUUUU